AUGGCAAACAGAGUCAACCCUGAGCCGGGGCAUGCCCACUGUUCAUCCAUUAACAGUAGCUUCCCAGUGACACACAGAGAUCUACCCACUCUGACUUUGUCUGGCAAAAUCCGAGUAAUGGUUACUUUCUUCCUUUUCCUGGUCUCUACAGCCUUCAACGCCUCCUUUUUACUGAAGCUGCAGAGGCAGACCCAGAAGCAUGAAGAAGUGAAGAAGUUCCCUCGUAUGAAGGUGCUUCUUAAACAUCUGACACUAGCCAACCUGCUGGAAACUGUGAUUGUUAUGCCAUUAGAUGGGAUAUGGAAUGUGACUGUGCAGUGGUAUGCUGGAGAGUUCUUAUGCAAAGCUCUCAGUUAUCUAAAGCUUUUCUCCAUGUACGCACCGGCCUUCAUGAUGGUAGUGAUCAGCUUGGAUAGAUUCUUGGCCAUCACCAGACCUUUGGCUGUGAAGAGCAACACAAAGGUUGGAUAUUCUAUGAUUGGUGUAGCCUGGUUUCUCAGUAUUAUCUUUGCUGGGCCACAGUUGUACAUCUUCAGGAUGAUCCAUGUAGAGGAGAUCUCCGGACAAACAGGAAUUUUUUCUCAAUGUGUGACACACUGCAGUUUCCCAGAGUGGUGGCAGGAAGCCUUCUAUAACCUCUUGACCUUCAGCUGCCUCUUCAUCAUUCCUCUUUUCAUCAUGUUAGUGUGCAAUGCUAAGAUCAUCUUCACCUUGACCCAGGUCCUUCGCCAGGAUCCCCAUGAACUGCAACUGAAUCGAUCAAAGAACAAUAUCCCGAGAGCACGUUUAAGGACACUAAAGAUGACUGUAGCUUUUGCCUCUUUAUUUACUGUCUGCUGGACUCCCUAUUAUGUUCUGGGAAUCUGGUAUUGGUUUGAUCCAGAAAUGCUAAACAGGGUAUCUGAUCCAGUAAGUCACUUCUUCUUUCUCUUUGGUUUAUUAAAUCCAUGUUUUGAUCCACUUAUAUAUGGAUAUUUCUCUCUCUAA